UGUUGUUGUUGUUGUUGUUGUUGUUAUUUAUUGAAUUUCUAUACCACCCUUCUCCCGAAGGACUCAGGGCGGUGAACAGAAUAAGAUUUCAUAACAUAUAAUUAUUAUUUUUUUUAUAAACAGUAAAUAAUAAAUUGAGUCAACUUAAUGUAUCUGCUAAGACCUUGGCAUAGAAUUUAGAUGUUUAUGCUAGCUCUGCUUGUUGAAACAGAAAGGUCUCAGGGCAUGUCGGAAAGUGCGAAGAUCUGGGAUUAUUCAUAUUCCAGGGGGUAUUUUGUUCCAGAGUAGGUGCCCCCACAGAGAAGGCUCUCUCCCUUGGAACUACUAGACAACAUUGUUUUAAUGAUGGUACUAUGAGUAGGCCUACUCUGUGAGAGCGUAUUGGUUGGUGGGAGGUUAUCGGUUGCAGCAGGUGGUCUCGUAAGUACUCGUAAGUAAGCCUUAAAAGAUGCAGCAGUUAUCUCAUCCCACGGCACAUCGCUUUAAAUGCAGCAGGGCGUAGCUAUCGCAUCUGGUCCUCAGCAUUGCUGUCUAAGAACUGGCCUGUAAUGAAGGGAAACUUGCAAAGAUUUGUGACGCCACUGGGAUUUUUCUUUACAAGCCGCUUUUGCCUUUUUCAGUUCUCCAGGGGUUACUUAGGUAGUGGGAAACAGACGUUACCGCAGAUAUUACUUUAUCUGCGGUAUGUUUUUCAGUCUGGCGGAGGCGGGACAGUCCUUAAGGAGGCGACUUAGUUGUAAACGGAAGGGAGAGCGCCAGUAAGAAGUAGGGAGGAUUGUACAGUAAUGUCGAGGUUGUGUUAUUAUUCUUUUGUUGAAAAGGAAACAGUAGAUAAAGUGCUUUCCCUCCGCUGCCUCUUCCCUCACUUGUCGGAGGGACUAAAGAGCACAAGCUGAGCAGCUACCUUAGACACGACAGGUUAGUUGGGAAUUUGUGCAGACUAAUAAAUUAGGUGCCUGUUUUGAUACUGUACUGUGCUUGUGGCAAUUAUUCGCCGUGGGUUUAGUCGCAUUUCAGACUUUCCCCUGGUUAAUUUUGUCAUGGAUUAGCAAUUAACUUGACUUAGUUUACUGAGCCAUAAAGUUCGCAUUUGAUAGGUUCACACAGCAGCGUGCCUGGUAUACUGUUGCACUGUCACCAGGAGGACCAGAUUCUAGUGCACUCUGCCAUAGAAACUAAGUGACUUUUGGCCAGUCUUACAGCAACAGGGACAGAGUUGGAAGGGACCUUGGAGGUCAUCUAGUCCAACCCCCGGCUCACGCAGGAGACCUAUACUAGGGAUUUGAACUACCGACCUUUCCGAUCGACAACAGCGUCUUAGCCACCGAGCCACCUAGGGAGCUGCACCUAGGGAGUCAGACUUUUGUACUUCAUAGUUAUUGUUGUGAAGUUUGGUUGUUUGCUUGCAGAUGUUUCAGUAUCCAAAUGCAUAACAUCAGUGCUAGUCAGUGUGGGGUUUGUUCCUUCUUUAUAAAGUAGCUUGUCCUGCCCUGGUUGGUGGAUAUGUUCUGGUCUUUUUUGUUUCCUUCUGUGUUGUCUCUUUUUAAUGAUGUGUAAAUUGGAUUAUUUCUAUGUCAAAAGACACAUGAAAACUUCUUAAUCUCAUGUGCACACUUGGCCACAGUUUCAACUGGGAAACUCUGAGCAUCUUAGACCAAGCCAAAUCCAAAAAUGCUAGGGUAUUUCUGGAAGCUUGGCUUUCAGACAAAUUGGCCAUCAAUAGACACAUCCCUGCCAGUACCCAGAUAAGCAGGAAUCUGUGCCAGAUAAACAUUCAAGCAGAAAACAAUACCCUAAUCAAGAAACUAGCAAGGAGAAAACCACACCCCCAACAACACUGUCAGGACAAGCUAUUACAUACAAAAGGAGCAAACUUCACACUGACUAGCACUGAUGUUUCUAGUUUGGUAAUAAAACAUCUGCAAGCAAACAACCAAGCUCAGAGAGCACCAAGGACUCCACAGUUGAACUCUGAGCUACAAAUAUUUUCUUCUAUAAGAAUUAUUGUUAUAGGAAAAAUAGGAAGAGCUGUUGAGAGCUGUUGGGAUGCACAUCUAGCUAAAACCCAAUAAAUGAAAGAUAGUUGCCUGGUUUAUGCUUCAUAGCACAUUAACUCAGUUUUUCUUAAAGAGUUCUCUCAGUAUUAACAAGUGUCCUGAUGUUUGCAACUGUAGCUUUUCAGAUUCUCAAGUAGGAACUUUUCUGCUGGGCAAUAACAGUAUUCAUAGUUUCAGUGUGAUUAUUUGAUGUGCAUAUAAAUCAGUGGUGAAAUCUGAACCGGUUUACUACCAGUUCGCUGGCUGCGCAUGUGCAGUGUGCACCAUGCACCAAAUGUGAGGUGCGCAUGUGCAGUGCACACCAAAAGGAGGCAUGCGGUUUAAUUUGUGGAAGAAAAAUGUAUUCUUUUAAUUGGGAUAUUCUCUCCUUCAUGAAAUUUUUUAGUCUAUGUAUAAUGCCAGAGUUUUUAUAUGCACAGAACAUGUGUCCUGAGAUAACGCAACAGUUUUUGAAAGAUGGCUUUCAUAGAGAUCUCUUGAUUAGGGUAGAUUUUGGUAUAGCUGAUGAAGGCCUAGAAAGUUGCAGGCUGGCAAUUAGAGUACAUCUUCCAAGGGGAUUAUAUGUGGAUCCCUAUGAAUUGAAAUCUUUACAACAGCAUAAUCUCACUGAGGCACUGAUAAUUGCAGAUGAAGUAGAUUUGGAAGUUCCUGAGUAUUUAGCAACUGAUUCUUCUGUCCUCAUUUACAUGAGACCUGAUCCUAAGUGCACUAUCUGUUUUAAAGCAUUAUUACCACUGCACUGCCGUUAUUACCGACCUUCAGAAAGUAAUGGAAAAAUCCCUGUUGUCUUGCAGAAUCCAGAAAUAAUGAUCCAUUGCCAAAAAUCUUUUUUUUCAGUGAACUGUCUGAAAGAAACUGAAAUAGAAGCUCCAUGUUCCCAGAAUAAUCUAGAUGUAUGCUAUUGGAAGAGCAUGAAAUAUAAAAUGCUAAGUAAAGAAUUGGAACUGCAGGUACCAGUUGGACUCAAAGAUCACCUUGCCUUGGUUUGUGCAAUAACACUUAUUACCACAGGACUAUGUUCCAGUUUUAUCCUUUCAGCUUUAUGCAGAUAUGGGCCCAUUCAUUGCUCAAUGUGAUAUUAAACAAGUUUUUAUUAUUGAAAUCAUGGAAAGACUGUCAAACUGUAAUAAGAAAGAUAAUUAUAGAUAAGAAAAGAUCAAGCUUGAUCAUGUACCAAAAGCUGGAAUUGAUGUUUAGCGACACAUAACCUGCCCCUUUUCAGGAUGAGUUAUUCCCAACUUGGCCUUUUGGCUCUCUCGAGAGCUCAUUCAUUACUACUGUAGUCAAGUUCUGCUCUUUGCUUCCAUUUUUUCCAACUUUAUGGACAAAGUUUAGUUUCAAUAAAUAUGACCAAAUUAUAAUUUGAGCGUGGUCAUUUGAGCCUGGCUGAUUUAUUCUAUGAUCUAUUCAUUUGUUCCUUGGCUGUACAUGUAGUCUUAACAACUGUGGCAAGGAAGGUUGCAAAAUGGGAUAAAACUCACUUAACGUCUCACUUAGCAACAGAAAUUUGGGGCUCAGUUGUGGUUGUAAGUCGAGGACUACUUGAUUUUUGAAGAAUUUUGUCGAACAAAAUUCUUUCCUGCUUCUUUAAAGUCCAGCUUUUGCUUCCAUAGAGUGUUAUAGGAAAUGCUUCCAUAGUUGUAAUGUCUGACUAUAGACAGGAAUAUUUUUUUCAAGCAUUGAAAAAAUGCUAAAUAUAAGCCAUUAGCUCUGUAAAUGCAAUGAAAUUGAAACUUGCUGCAUUUCUGGAAAAAUUAAGCAGUUUCAAAUGUUGUUUUUCUGUCCAUAUCACUAGAGAUACUGCCAUUUGUAUGUGCCAUUUGUAAGAAUGAUAGAAAAUACUGAAUAUUUAUAAUUUUUUAUGCAGAAGAGUAUGUCUUCAAAUGUUCUUGCAAAUACUACUUCAGUUUUCAAUCUAAAUUCAUGUAAUUUAAUUGCUUUUCACAUGUAUUAAUCUGUCUAAAAUGAAUCCCCUCUAAAACAUUAUUUUUAAAAAACCUUGUCAUGUGAUAUUUUUCAUCACUGGAUGACAAAUUGCUUGAACAUUGAGUCUUUUGUUCUCUCUACAACAUGCUAUGUGAUAACUGAGGCAAAGCUACAGCUAUUGCACUACUUCAAGAUCUAUUUGAACAAUGUUCUGUAUUGGCUUGGAGUGUUUUUUUGUCACCGAAUUAACUACUUAUAAGAAGUUAAUAAGAGGCAUUUAAUGAAACAUCAGCUGUAAAUCUGUUUAUAUUAUCUAUGGAUCCAAAAUCUUUUAGGAUUUUAUUAGCUGAAGUCUGCUGGAAAUGAAUAUAACAAUUUGGUCUUACUAGAAAAUGAAUCUUCCUCUAAUUGUAAAUAUACAAUUAUAAAUAAUUCUUCUGUACAACACUUAGGCUGCAUUCACAGGCACUCUGCCAAUAUAUCAAUAUUGUAUGUUCUUAUGCUUCUUUUUUAGAGUUGGCAUGCACAAUAAUUAGGGAAAGGUAUAUGUACAACCUCAGUUUCAUAGAGAAUUCAGUUUCAGUUUAUGUCCUCAUAAAUCAGCAGGUCUGGUGAUAAAGUCUAAUGAACCAUUCUUGAAAAGAACAUUUUUUCUUACAUUUGUUUUAUACUGACACAAGAACUAUUCAUUAUUAAUCACUGCAGAUAUAUUUCUAAUAAAACCACAUAGUUUUAAAGAAAUGGGCUAAACCCAUUUGACUCAAAAGUUUUGCUUGUGGUGAUGUGAUUAAGAAUGAUUUACUUAGCACUAGGCAAACUAUCUCCCCACAACUUACCAUGUUACUUUGGUAAAUGACAGCAUGCACAUUUCUUUACCUCAUAAUAUCCAUCCCACUCAGAGGUAUGGGGGAAUAACAAAGAUAGUGGUUGUACUCAGAGCCACAGAUCUAGCAUUUCACAAUAUUGGGUCCUUAAAAAAGAUGAGGUUAGGUACACUAAUGAACUGGGGAUUUUGCUGUUCUGUGCUCAAAACAUUAAUCUAUGUAUUUUAAACUGCAGCUAAGAGAAAAAGUAGACAGAAAGUACCAGACCAGGGACAUCAGGUCUAGAAGCUGCUUGACAUCUAAACUGUUAUUUCAAAAACCUAAAACUGUUCUAUGUAAUGCAAGAGGAAAUAGCCUGGUGGCAGGUGCUACUUGGUUUAAAUUCUCAAAAGCAGGAAGAGGCAGAAAUAACCCUAUAACUGUUAGCAAUGCUGAAUGUUUUGUUUCAUAACAAUCAAAUUUUUGGAUUGGCUACAGUAUUGGGGAUGGACAUGUUAUUUUUAUGAUCAACCCAAUAAAAGUUAACAUGGAG